AGUUGAUUAGUCGGUUCCAACACCUACAAGGUAUGAAUAUGGUGGAAACGGAUACCAAAUCAGUCCUUCCAGUACACCUCAUAUUGGGGGCAGCAGAAUAUUCAAGGAUCAAGACUAGUGAACCACAAAGAACCGGUGAAAUGGGGGACCCUGUGGCAGAGUUCACUCAGUUUAGCUGGUCAAUUAUGUCGCCAGGAGUUCAGCCCAAUUUAGACAAUAUGUUUCUUGCUCAAACUGCUCAAUCUGAUUAUGAGGAACUUUGUCGCAUGGAUGUUCUCGGUAUUCAAGACACACCAUCUGGAGACCAGAAAGUUGUACAUGAAGAGUUUUUAGAACAGCUUCGGCGUGAUCCUGUACAUGGGUGGUAUGAGACUGGCCUCCCUUGGAAGGGAGGGCAUCCACCUUUGCCCUCAAAUGAGGGGAACAGUUUUAAACGUUUGGGGGGACCUUGGUGCAGCGAUUGAAGAAAACUGACAAAUUCGAUGAAUACAAUUCAAUUAUUCAAUUAUUCAACUGAAAGAAGGAAUUGUUGAACCUGCAAAUGAGCCACCAACUGGAACUGUGUUCUAUUUACCUCAUCAUCUGGUCGUGCGCGAAUCUUCAGAAUCCACAAAAACGAGAAUAGUUUACUAUACGUCUUCGAAAACAGGAUCCCCAACCAUCCCUAAAUGACUGUUUGAACACGGGUCCACCGUUACAGAAUCAACUUUUCAAAGUUCUGGUUCGAGGACGUUUCCAUCCUGUUGCACUUAAUGGUGACAUUCGCAAGGCAUUUCUUCAAGUACGUAUUCGGACAGAACAUAGAGAUGCAAUGAGAUUUCACUGGUUGGAAGAUAAAGAUCCUCAACGUAUUUGCACUCUGAGAUUCACUCGAGCACUGUUCGGCAUGGGACCAUCACCAUUCCUGUUGGCAGGAGUAUUACAAUGUCAUUUGAAUGCGAGUAAAGAUAAGUACCCUAAGCAUGCUGAAGAAAUCAAGAAAGAGUUGUAUGUCGAUGAUCUGGUAACCGGAGGAACUUCGUUACAAGAAGUGUGUGAGAAGAAGGAAGCCUCAGUCGAAAUAUUUAACUCAUUAACUGGCAAUGCGCCUGGAUGCGCCCUGAGAUUGGCAAGUGGGUAACUGGCAAUGCGCCCGCAUAUGCCCUCAAAUGACACCUCAACUUGCGGGCAUGAUAUUUGAGCACGUGUUUAUCGGGUUGCCUAGCAACGGAUACGAAAAUAGAACGCGAAAUUCGAGCUUUUCAACCGUGUAUCAUGCAAGAAAAUCGGCCAAAAACUCGCAAAGUUUUUCAAGUUUAAAACCUUAGUUUUUCAAAAAUAAUGAAUAAUGGCGAUAUUGUUGCAAAGAAGGAUUUCACAGCAAGUUUUAAAAGAGAAAAAAGAAAAGGUUUUUUGAAUGAUCUACAACAAAAAUUUGGCAUGAAAGGAAAGCGAACGUAUUGACGUUUUGGGCCAAGUUCUUCUGUGAACCAUGCGCGAGAUUUUCAGCCAAAAAGAUGAGGAUUUCUCCAAACUUUAUUAAAAAUAGAAGUCGGAAAUCACAAGAAAGAUGAACACGGAACUCAAGUGAGCAGAUACGAUUUUUUAAAGGGUAUUUUUGAGUAGAAAUAUGCGAUCAAGCACUCACAAGGUUGAAUCUAGUUUAAAGUUAUCUUUUUAGACGAACUGUUUAUGCAAAUUUGGGCGCAAUUUCGACUGUUUUCGUGACCCCAUUGUUGGUCUUCUUGUUCAAGUUGUUAUUUUAGCUAAAGUAUAUUUCAAACGACACUACUGCUGUGUGUGUACGUGACCUUUUUUGACCUUUUUGGCAAGAAUACUUCGAGUAUUAAAUUACGCUAAAUAAGUAGGAUAUUCCAAAAUCACUGUUAUAUCUAUUUUCAUCAAUUUAGUCUUAAAAUGACAACUCGUUUCAGACAUAUUGUGGUUUAAAAUAAGUGUAUUGGACAAACGCGCUUGCUUGCCGCGUGCGAAUUCUCAAAAAGUCUGCACUUGAGUUGUAAAGCUUUCAAAAUGCAUUUUUACUGUUUUUUAUAUCCCCUAUAAAACUUUAAAUCGAUAAAGCAGAUAAUAAUGUUGAUGCAACAUCAUUUUCUAGUAACUACAUGUUGAAUCAGAAGGCAAAGUUAUCAAAAUAGGUCGCAACGGUUGUUUGCAAAAUGUCGCUUCUCUCUGAAAUGGCUUCCUUUGUGGGAAGCCAUGAAAUUGAAGUCCUAACAAAAACUAACUUAGCAGUUCUUUUGGGCCAAUUGCUCACUUAUUUAUCAUGAAAUCGCUUCACUAGAACAUUUUUAAUAAUGUCUAUGGGAAACUUUGUAAUUUUCUGAACUAAAAGUUUAUGGUUUUGAGGUGUUUAUUUUAUAAAAUAGCACGCGCGACAAAAUGGCACUAAUGUGGUUUCUCACGUCUGACAAACAACCAAAGAUGAAAGUUCUUAUUUCACCCUUUUAUAGCUAUGUGGAAUACCUGAAUAUUAGGUUAUCUUUUUCAGGAUGGGAUUUCAUUGCGUGCAAUGGGAAAGCCGAAAUAAGGGCCGCUAAAGACAUUUACACUUACAGUUGAAGAUUCGUUUCGACCAGUAGCUGCACAAAUGUUCAAAAGCUGAAACCCUUCUUAUAUAAUUUUUUUCGGGAUUUUUGGAGAUUUGAAAUGGAUUUUCCGUUAUUUUGAUGUUUAGAGACUUUUUUGCCUUUUGGGACUUACAAGUUAUCACAAAAUCUAUGAGGAUUUUUGGAGUAAUUCACCCCUAAAUACAAAGCCAAGGCGUAUUGCUCAACUUGCACCGCAAUUUACACAAGCGGACAUAGACUAUAUAACUGACAUAACUAUGAUAUAACACAACAAAAAACGUAUAUAACUGAAAUUGUGACUCAGUCUGUAAUCUAGAGAUAAAAAUAGCAAUUGGAUUCAAGAUAUUAUAUACUUAAGCUAUAGUUAUAGAGAUUUGACAGCGCAAUUAAUUUCGGAAGACAAUAACUGCUACCAAGACAAAAUGCCCACUGUCCUUUGGUAUGCAGGUGUCUUCUCAACAGACACUUCCGAAAACCGAUUCUGAUGUUCUGUUUUUGACAAGCAAACAAACAAUGUGAGUCAUCAACCCCAAAAUAAUUCCGAACGCGCUAAUAAAAGCUGAUACAAGGUCACAAGUAUUACAUUCAGCCAGUUUAUUCUGUGCAGCGAACACUUCACUGCUUUGUCUUAGUGUGUUCACAUUGAAAGUCUCGAAAUGCUUCGUGAACUGACUAAAGAGUCUAAAGAGUCUAAAGAGUCAAAGUAUGCGGUUGCAUAGCGUUUCACAAAUAGCGACAAAGGAUGUUGUUAUGGUCAAAGGUGGCGGAGAAAUUAAACGAAAAUCUAAAGUUUUUGUCAUGUUGAAGUGUGAAAGAUUUUCUAGCCUACAUUUUAUAUCUUUCUGCAGGUAAGUAUACAUAUUCAGAAACCACUUUGGAUGAAUAUAGCUACUGAAAACCUUGGUUAUUGUCAAUUUCAAGUCACUUUUCCACGCGCGGUUCCCAAGUUCGUUGCGAACUUGUCAAUUACAUUUCCAAGAUGGAAAUUGGACACGAACUGUCGUAUUUCUUAACGAUUUAUUUUAACUCCAGAUUUACUGUCCCACGGGACGGGAUAUGGGAUUGUUAACUUUCCCAACAAAAUUCAUAAACAUUAAACAUUCAAAGCAAACUUGCCCUAUAUUCCACAAUUUUCCACAGUAAAUCAAUUCUUCUCAUUUCUUCAAACAAAAAUUGCUUCAAAGCUCAUUGUGUGAAACGUGAUUUUCCAAAUAUAUGCUUUUGAAAAUUGAAAUCUUGUUUAUCCCACUCCUGGCAAACAGCCAUAUUUUUGAGAUCAGUGAGGAUGACCACCCACGGUUGGUGACCGACGCCCACACUCAUUGAUGUACUUUAGACUUGGCUAAUGCUUCCCUUUCCCUGGGUGUAAAUAGCCAGGGGGAAUUAGUACCCUCGCACGGCGCUUCGCGCCAUCGGCUCGGGGAUUAAUUGUCUAACACCAGACAAUUUUACUAAAGGGAAAGUGAUGUCACUUAAUGGGUUUAUACAUGCUUUAACUAAGUGUGGUGAUCAAUGAGAUCACCAUUAAUUAAGUGUGGUAAUCAAUUAAGUCCUUUUGGCUUUGAAAUUAUAUAUACCCUGUAUGCUUUCACAUUUUUAUUCAUAAACAGUUCAAGGCCAUAAUUGUUCUCUUUUAAAACAAAAUAGCUGAAAUAUAGUAAUCAAAAGCUUAUGUUACUUCCAGAACAGUUUUAUCUUCCAUCAGUUGUUGGAAUUGGAUGUGGAAAAAGAAAACGAUCUGGAGCAUGUCAGCCCAAGCCAGCUAAGAUACUGUAUAUACAAAGGGCAUUGUAUGUAUCUUGCUAUCCAGUGGCCUGUAUGAGAUACCAAUACCUGUGGUCCAAAGCAAUCAAAUUUGGCUGAGCUGGGAUUGACAGGGAAAAUAUCCAUAAAUGCUGGAUGGAAAGCAAAUGAUGUAUCAAGAUAGAUUUCCGGCCAGUGUGUUUGCAUCAGCAUUUAAUCUAGAAGAGAAGGAAAUUCUCUUAUUUGAUUACUUAAGGUAAGAUUUUCUUCUGGGUUUUUAACUUGAUAUUCUUCACUUGUGUUUGAGUAGUCUAAAUUGGCAUUUCAUUAAAUAAACUUGCUGCAGAAUAUUGAGAAGUUACUUUGACCAAAGAAAUUUGACGUAGGUGGUGCCACACAUGAUAGUAAUUCUUGACCAGGAUCAUGAAGGUCGCGCACGGCUGUGAGGUCCUGGGAAUGAGGAUGGGUCAUGCCUAAUUAUCUGCAAGUAGUUCGGCCGGAAAUCGUCAUAAAGAGCUUUUCCUUUGUGUGUUAAUUUCAGAACAUUUAACUUUUUGUUCCUCCAAUGUCGGAAGUCAGCCGAGUAGGAAAAGCAGGAAGCAUAUAAGUCACAGAGUCGCUAAUGGGUAAAGAGCUUGAAAUAAAAAUUUUAAUCUUUUCCACCUGCUGUACACCUGACUCUAUUAGAGUCCAGUGCUGAACAUGGCAUUUUACCCGAGCUAAAUAACUUAAACAUAUCAGUAUUUUUGCAUCUUAAUUGCACAGUACAUGCAACCCAAAAUUAAUUGAAAACAGAUCAAAUAGCAUUUGAAGCUGAGGUAAGAGACCAAUUUGAAACAAUGACACAAAUGUCAAAUCAGCUGUUGCAAAGAAGUAAUGUAAACAACAAUGGAUGAAAAACACAAUCCAUUGAGUGUCUUGAUAAUGUACAGUGUGCUUACUAGGGUAUCAAUAUGACCAUUGGGCGCUACAAUAUGACCAUUGGGCGCUAAAAUUGACACUAUAAAUAGAGUUGGCUUAUUGUAACAUGUUCUGUUUGUUUUAGUAGUCGGCUAUCAGCCAUAUACGACGAGAGCGAAUGCUAUAAUUGUUUUAUAAUAUAGUCUAAUAGCCAUUAACUGAAGCAAUAGUUAAUUAUCCUCUGUUACAAUCUCUUAACAAUUUGUUCGGCCGAAAUUGAAAAUUUGAAAUACUCAAGUUUUGUUUUACAACUCGAAGAUGAAGUGAAAGACUGGUUUUAGAACUGGUAUAUCUCACAGAAAAGCUCAGAUAUAUUAUACAGAUGUUUGGUAGUAUAGUAAGUGCUUGUUGACUGCAAAUUCAUUUGUCUUUCGUGGCAAACUUUUCUGAACAAUUUCUAUUCUCAAUGAACAUGUUUUUUUCGCUGUUUGUUUCAGUAUUAAUUCCAUCCACCAAUAUUGAUUUCCGACGUAUAUGACGGGAAGAUUAAAUAUGAAAGAACUCUGCGAGUAUUUGCAGUAAAAAUACGAAAAUACCGCCAAAAAAUGCCGCUUGAUUCCGAAAUAUUCGUAUAAAUUUAUUGUUUCUCGCUCAAUUUCCAGCGAAUUUCUUACCUUGAAAUGAUCAAUGCGGUGAAAUUUAUAAAUGACGCAUUACCAAUUUUGCUGUUGCAUUUUGAAUGUUCCGCCUGAUUCAAAUGUUUGUAUCUUUGCUUCUUUUCAACGUAUAAUAAAGACAAAUAUACAAAAAGAAUCACCAUCUUGUAUUCUAUAGCUCGGAGCAGUCUCGGGAAAUUGCAAAAUAAUCUAUGCCUAUUAUGGCGAUUCUCGUGCUCGGAAAGUGUUCGGCCAACUUUGGACACCAAAUUCUUGGUAAAGCAUUUCAGUUUCUUGGUAAAAGACUGCAGAACUCACUUCCGGAGUGUUUGGUUACCCUAGAUACGGAUUUUGAUUGGCUUAGGCAGAAAAACAAACCUUUUAGAGCAAUUUUCCUGAUUAUCGCGCACAAGCGUUGUAAUUUAUUGUCAUAGUAUUGUGUUGUAAUUGUAUUGUUUGAAUCACAUCCUCAAGACGUUCUUGGCCUUACUUUGCAAACUGAUAGUGCUAGUAAUGACGGAAUGUCUUCGUACGAAGAGCUUCACUAGUACGACCAAGUAUGUCCUCAUAUCGCAUUUUUUGUGUUGAAUUAAUCCUUCCAUACUGAAAUUGACAAAUAUAAAUGGUAUUUAUUUAUAUUGUUGUCGAAAAUUUAUGGUGUUUUAGGCAUAAAAAACUCUGAUUCCUAGGCAAAGUAAAAUGAGCCUUGAGCACAUGUUUGGUUGUUUGUUACAUACAUGAUAGACCAAGUAUUCAUACUUAUAUCUUACUAGUUUGGCUCUUAUUAUAAUUUCAAGUGGCGCCAUAUAGAUUAUGUCUAUAAAAAACUUUUUAUUUGCAGUUACGAAGAUAUUGAUCCCGUUCCUAGCUGCUGUUCCUGUUUCAUAGCCUCAGGAAAGUAGCAGUUCUGAGAGUUAUGAGAACCCCACUCCCCAACCCCCAUUGGGAAAACGUGUAAGUGUAGAGGGAAGGUAGGGGGAUGAGUAGAGUUAGAGGGAAGGCCGGCCAAGGUUUUGAAAGCUCCCUGUCUAGCACCGCCACUAAGGCCCAAUAGUACAUGACGGAUAUGGUGAUGCUGACACUAGGAAUAUUAUCCCAGAUUUUGCCCCUCACCAACAUGUCCGGGUUCCAUUUCGAUCAAGGUUUUACCAGAAGUAUGAACUGUGAGCUUGAGCUAAUUCGGCUCUUUUUUACUAAGGGAAUGCUUCAGGAGGUAGUUUCCUGGCCAUACCAAUACAUAUGCCCACAUACAAAUAAAGAAGGGUCUUGGAGUCCACCAACCUUGAGAGGUUGAUUGCCUUUUUAGUAUAAUUAUGUAGGUUUGGUGAAGAUCGACAGUGAGAUUGAAAAUUAUUAGAGUGUAAAAACCUUAUAUCAUGGUCUGUGGGCAAUAGAAAUAAUUUCUCGCUUUAGGUACAAAGCACUGUAAAGCAAAGUUUCUUAAUAUGGUAGAUUCUAUCACUGAAGACUACAGCAAUAAACUGCAUCAACAACUGUACCAGCCAUCACAGAAAAUUGCUGUUGACGAACACACUGUUAAAUCAAGGAAUAGGUUGGGGAUUAGGCAGUUCAUGAAAGAUGGCCUACUAUGUGGGGGAUAAAUCUGUGGGUUGCUGCAGACAGUCCUUAAUGGUUAUAUCGCGACUUUGAGAUUUAUACAGGAAGAAGUCCAGAGAUUCAUCGCAGCAUGGAUUUGGGUAUGACGUGGUGAUGUGAUAUAAGUUUGGUUACAGUCUUAGGUCUUUUGUGGUCCAAUAUAUAUUUUGUGCAAAAAAGGAAAUAUUUUCACCACAUAAUCCAGUUAUGUAUACAGUUAUGGGCAAACAUUACUGCCUUGGAAAAUAUUACUUUUUUUUAUAACUACUAAUGAUGACGCCAGCCCAACAACACUUGGUCAUGCUAUAUGCAAAUAUUUUCAUGUUCUAGAUUGUGAAAACAAUAAAUUUCUAAAGAAAUGAGUAAUGAUUAUUUAAAAUUUGAAUAGCAUGACCAAAUUUUCAGGCUGGUUAUGCCACUGAUAACUAAGUCAAUGGUGUACUGAUUAUCUAAGAAUGUAUAUAGUAACCGUAGAAAUAAAAACAUUUUGCAAAUAGUGAUUUGAGUGUUCUUUUGUGGGUAUCACAGAUUUAUUUUGGUGCCAUACUAUCCUUGGAGUGUAAGAAAUAUUGGAAAUUUGUAUUGAUAAUAUGUUGCAGCAAUGAAAAAGGACCUAGCUUUGAUAAGGGUAUUUGUUUCAUGGGAGCACAAAAUGUAAAUUUUACUCAACUACAUAGUUUAUUCAAAAAUUCAAUAAAAGUACUUCCAUUUAUGCUACAUGCAUGAAACUUCAGGUACUUGUAGAUCACAACUGUGUCUUUCAGUUACAUUCAUAAAAUUUUUGACAUAUUUGAAAUUUGAACCGGUAGAUACAUUUAUGCAUAAGGCCACAUAAAAAAAUUACUUGUUUAGCGUCCACCCAUUUUAAUUUUUCUAGGUCGGGCGGGCGGUUUUUUUUUUUCUUUUUUUUUUUCGUCACGGUAAAAUGCAACACAAAAUUCUGCUAAAUGCAGGAAAUCCAGUAUAUUACCACAGUCAAAACUCACUUUAAUUCUUUCAAAAUCCGUUCAUGUUUUUUUAAUACAGUUCAUGUUUUUAAUAAACAGAAAAUUACCGUUUGGUGGUCACGCGCGAACACUUUAGCUGCAAACAGGCAUAUUCUGGGAAGGAAACUUUGUGUAAACGUAUUACAUAGCUCCCAGAAGAAUAUAAUCACCAUUUUUUCAAGUAAAACGGUCUUUUUUAUAGAGAGUUUUUGCACUAAACUCGGAUGGAUUUAAGAAAAAAAAAAUAAAAUAAAUUGGGGGUCGGGGACUUUUAUCAGGUCGGGCGGGGACGCUAAACAAGUAAUUUUUUUUAUGUGGCCUAAUUGCAACAUUUUUUAUAUCAUAAUUGCAACAUUUUAUAUAUAUUUACAUGUUUCCUUCUCUCGAACGAUGCAAUUUCGAACGAUGCAAUUUCUGUUUCCAUACAAUGUAUAGUUUGAAAGAUAUAUGUGUUUAAAACAACACCACCCGAAAUUGCUACUUUUCGACUGGAUGAGAAUGGGUUAAUUCUUUAAAAAACUUGUAUUUAAACUAAUUUCUAUGGAAUAAAUGUAUUUUGCUAACCUGUCAAAUUUUUUUGAGAGUUUUUCCUUGUACUAUUAUCUUUCUCAAAGUGAAUAUUUUCAUUUUUUCUGCUUUGCAAAACUCAUGUAGUUUUUGGACCGCCAUCUUGUUUUUCGCUACUCGCCGUAUAUGAGCUGAUAUACGGCAGUAACUAUAUUAUAAAUAUAUAUGUAUAUAUAUAUUUAUAUUUUGUUCUUAUGUGAUUGCAUCCAAUUGCAUCCAUCCAUGCAAUCACGUAAGAACAAAAUCGUGAACAAAAUCGCCUGAUGAUCAUCUAGAAAGGGCGUGAAACUCAGAGUAGCGAUGUUUAAUUUUAAGAUAUAGACAAUUUAAUAAGCUCUGCUAUAUUUUUACUAUUGAGCACUUUAUUUAUCUAGAUAACCAAAAUAAAUUGAAUUAUAUAUAUAUAUAUAUAUAUAUAUAUAUAAAUUCUGAACGCUGAUUGGCUAAGAGCCGUGUUGAUAUAACUCAAUGCCAACACGGGAAAUUUCCCGCCGCUUGUAAACACGGAAAUUUUUCUUAUCCUUCGGGCUUUUGACAUUGCUAUAUUAUAAAAAAACACAUAAAACAUUUUUUCCAUAUUGAUAUAUAGUUAUAUCAACACUCGUGGAAGUUGGGAAAACUCGAAAAUUGUAUGAAAACACUCCGCCCUUCGGGUGUUGUGUUUGCGUACAAUUUCUCAUUUUCCCAAUUCUACUCGUGUUGAUAUAAAUGUGUAUCAACAUGGAAAAUGUUUUAUAUUUGUUAAAUAUAUACUGUUAAAAAUUGAUGUUUUUUUACAAAAAAAAAAUGCUGUAAAAUUUUAUAGUAAUUUUUCUGUUGUUACAAAUUACAGUCUUAUUAGCUGUAAGAAAACUUUCUUAUGGGAUAAUUAUGGUAAUUACCACAGCAAAUAUGUAACACAGAAAAAUCUAUGAAAAUACAAAUUUAUGUAUUUUUAUAAAUCUAAUAUUACCAAAACUGCAGAUGCAUCUUCUCACACAAAAAAUCACAUCCUGUUUUCAUGUCAAAACAUUCAGCAGUGUGACUGCAUUCCUUCACGGCUUGAAAUCAAUAUUUAUAGAAUAUCGACAUCUGAGUGGUCCACUGGUAAUUCUGUUAAUUAAAUGUCAAACUAUUAUUAGCUAUUAUUUAUUUUAAAAAUUCCUGGUUUCUGAUUGGCUAACAGCCAACUGUGAAAUUGUCAUAUCAACUCAAUGGCUAACCAAAUACGGAUUUUUCACAAUCAUAUUAGCAAAAUGAUGUCAAAGAGUCAAUAUGAAAAAAAAUUGGACGCAUUUGCGCCAUAUUACUAUGAUGACAAGAAUCAUAUUGACUCGCUGACGCCAUUGAUAUGACGCAACGACGGCUGCCAAAGGAAUUGUUUUUUUCCUUAAUACAAAUAAAAUACAAAUGUUUGUUUUGAAUUUUUUAAAUAAAUAAUAAAACAAUUAUUGAAUUCGGUUUUCGCACAAUAUGAAGAAUUAUCAAGCCCUCAGUUUGCCGUUAUCAACCUCAGCCUUUGGCUUCGGUUGAUAACGGCAAACUUUAGGCUUGAUAAUUCUUCAUAUCGUGCUCAACCUCACCCAAUAAUUGUUAAAUGUCAACACCUCUACAUGUGGACCAAUCAGAUGUCGAUAUUACAUAAACACCAAUUUCAAAACGUCAAGGAAUGCAGUCACAUGCCUGAAUGUUUUGACACAAAAACACAAUGCAAUUUUUUGUGUGAGAGGAUGCAUCUGCGUUUUUGGUAAUAAUAAUAAUAAUCGUUUUAUUAACAACCAAUUUUGCAGUUAAAACUGAAUUGCACUGGUUUUACAACUGUGAGAUACUAUAACUAAGAAUAUGUAGCAACAUAUGAUUUAAGAAUAUUAAAAGUAGAAGUUACAAUGGUUUAUCAACUGUGAAAUACUGUAUAACUAGAGUGAUAUAAUAACAUACGAUUUAAGAAUAUUAAGUUAAGAGUUAAAAAUGUUUCAUGUCAUAUAAUGAUGCUACAGACUGUACACGAAACUCUUAUGGUAGCGAUCAGUUCUACAAACUGGAACCCUAAAACACCUAUUAUGGCAUAGAUUGUGUUCGUUAACCCUAAGAGCUGGAACAAGCGAGUUUACUUUGUGCCCUGGGAUCAAGCAUUCAGUCGAAAAGACGCUUGCAAAGGGUGCUAGUUUGGCGAUCGUACAACGAUGGAAUGUUGGCUGUGAGCAUCGCUUGAUGAUAGGUAAAGGAAGGGUAGAUAAUUCGAAGAGCUCGUUUCUGGAUCUGAUAAUAAUAAUAUAAUCUAUAAUAGUAUAAUAAUACCUUUAUAAUGAUAUGAUAAUUUAUAGUUGGUUAAUGAAAAUUACAGCAAAAAUGGCUGUAAAACCCUAAAUAUACAGUAAAAAUUUACUUUUAACAAAAGCAGACAUUCUGCUUAUUACAAUUUAUGAAAUUUAUUUUCCUUGAUUUUGUAACCCUAGGCCUAGUACUAGGUAAGCUCACUGUUUAGGUUUUAUUCCAAACUGUGAAAUGUUAGGCUUGGUUCAUGCGUCAAACUUUUCAUCUGCUGAAUCUAAUGUUUCUAUUAAGUGCAUGAAAAGUUCGAUGUUUGAAUCAAUUAGCUGCAGCAGAAAUCUUUUUAAUUCAGCAGUCAUUUUAUUCAACCAAGUCAGUCAUAUAAAAGGACUGAAAUUCGACGUUCCCCUAAUGAGCGCCGCACUAAACAGUGUAAAAACUUUCCAGCAUUUAAAACUUGUUUAUGUUAUUGUUAAAAUUUCUUGAUAUAUAAUUCACAAAUAAUUUCUGCACUGGGGGCGAGUGUUGAGAACUUUGGUUUUGUUUGUGUUGAUUAUUAAAAGAAGAUUGGUGUGGAAAUGCAAAGGAGACUGGGAUGCAAGAAGUGGAAAAAAAGACCUUUUUUGGAUAGUUUAAUUGGAAGAACUCGCGUCAGAACUAAACGUUUAAAAGAAAAACUUAUUGAAAUUCAGAAGAAAAGAGGCUAGAAUACCAGAAUUGUUAGUAUACUGUGGAACCUUUCAUUUAUGUAAUAUGUCUUGAUAAUAUCUAAUUUAACUAUGUAAUUUGUUCGAUUUUAUAGUAGACUAUUUACAAAAAAAUAUAAAUAUAGUGCAAAAACAAAGAGCAGUCUGAGUAUUUUAACCGAUCCUUUCAAACAAAGUAACAUCUUACCGUUGAUGUGUAGGUGUGAAACAGGGGUAAGCUGUUGCAAAGAAUUGUAAACCAGGAAUAAAAAUAGGACUAAACAUGCAAGUAUGGCAGUUGGGCAUUUCUGAGUUUGAAUUCCUGUUGGUGUUAAAACAAAUACAGAUUAUACUCUAUUUUAUCUUUUAGACUUAAAGAAUUGGUCAAUGAUGGAUCAUCAGACAAGGAAGAGGAGGAUCAUACAAGAAGGGAAAAGAAAAGAAGUAACCUGGUAGAAAAUCUACUUGGAGUGUUGAGGCAAUUAACAACUUUGUUCAUAUCAUAGUAAACAACAAUUACUACCAAAAGAAAUUGGUUUUCACCAACACAAAAAUCAGAAAAAUGGAGAAAUGUAUGAGAAAAUUCUUAUCGAGUUGACAGAGAGAAGUGCUGAAAGAGGUGAAGUAAUUCAAUUCACUCAUUUCACUGUGCCCCAGUUAAGAACCAAAUUUACGAAAUAUGUCAGUGAGUGUAAGCAAGCAGCCCUAACUAUGAAAACAGCAACUGGGAUUAAAAUAUUCCAAGAAGAGCAUGGGUUUGGAAAGUGGUUUAAUGCACUCUUUGCCCUUGUAAAAUCAAGAUAUUCAUGCAAGCCUUAAUUAGCCCUAGAGCCUUCCUCAUUUGGAGAAACAGUCAACCAGAGAUACUAGUAAUGAUGAUGGUAAGGAAAGGACUCUUCAUCCCAGUUAAGAAAAAGCAAAACGUAAAAGCAAGUGACAAACUGAAUGAAGCUGCUAUUGAGGCAAUAAAUGUUGUAAAAGACACACUGAAAAACGAUCCAACUAAAGAUCUUAUUGCAUUCAUGAGGGACGAAAUGGACAAGUCGGAUGACCAUGAAUUGAAACUGGUUGGUCUCAUGCAAGGUUUCAGGCAAAGUAACACACCAUAUCAAAUUCCAAAGCAGUUACCAUCUUUUGCUAGUAUGCCAUGUGGAGAGGGACCCCCACCAUCCACAACAAGUCACCCAACUUGGAAUAUUGCAAUUGGUAGUUAUACCCAACCUGCAGCAUAUCAAAAUUCAGAUGUUAGCUAUAGCACCAUUACAUGUUCACAGCCCAUAGCCAGUGGAAUUCAUUGUGAUGGGGAAAAAACAUAUCAAAAGUUGUAAUUAUAGGUAAUAGCAUGGCUUGAGGGAGAGGGUGUUGGUUUAUAUAAGGUAACAAACAACCAUUUAAUCUCGUUUUCAGUUUUUGUCCAUGUCAAGAAACUUUUCCAGUUUCUUUCUCUAACAACACUUUUUGACAAAGUGCAUCAUUCUUUGCCAGUCGUUCUUUGUUCAUCCAUUCUUCUUUUUCAUCUUUUGUUUCAUUUUUUUUCAUCUCUGAUCUAUUUGCGGUUUCGCUUACCUAGAGUGUCUGGGUUAAAGGUAAGAUCGAGUUUCUUUGAAAGUGAAUCGCCCUGUUCAAUACAAAUGUGUAGAAUCAUGCAUGCAAGUGUAGCAAGGCUUACCAGAUCCCUGUAGAACCCUCCAUCUUCUCUUCAGCUGCCCAUAUGCAACUUCUGUAACCAUACAGGCCCUGCUCAUUUGGUAAUUGAAGUAUUUUUGCUGAGGGCUUAAAACUGCAUCAGUAUACGGUUUCAUGAGCCAUGUCUGAAGAGGAAAAGCUGCAUCUCCCACAAUCAAUGGAGGCACAUUCACUGUUCCUACAGCCCUACCCAUUUCAGGAAUGUAGCUUUCUUGGAUUGAACCCACAAGACAGUCAACUGGAAAAUUAUAAAAUCAUGAGAGUUUCCUGAAAAACUGCAACUGCCCCAUAUGAAUCUAUAAUGUGAAUCAACUAAUCCCAUAAGAACAGAGUAAAAAUUUUUAAAGUUAUUGGUACCCUUUCGAUGCCUCUAGACCUCCAGAGGGUCAUUUUAUGGGAAUGUGGCAGCUGUCAACUGCAGCCCAGCAGCAAGGAAACUGCCAGAACUCUUCCCCAUAUCCAAGAUCUUUUUCGUAACUUCCUCUUGUGAUUGUGGCAUAUGUCUAGAUAUUGUGUCUGUCCACAAUUGUUCUGCAAGGGCUUGACAGACAUCUUGAACAAUUGAACAAACAGUAGAAACACCCAGUUCCAACAAUUUCGGCAAUUGUGUAGUGGUAAUCACCUCUUCCCAAUCGAUAAAGUAGGCCGUUGGCGAAAAUUGCUUCGUGGCAACCCCCUGGGGAAUAGAUUUUCUGUAGUUCAAUGCAUAGUACCAUAGAUGCCCAAUUACCACAAAAAGUUCCCAAGCAAAAAACCUGCCAAACACCGAGAAAAUGGGUGAUCAGUUAUUAUCCUCUAUUAAAUUGUAUUACAGCAAGGAAAUGUGAAAUUUUGUAUUCAAUUUCAAUAAAAAUUAUUUACAUCAUCAGAAAGCUUAGAAUAAACCGCAUAUAAGGCUUUUAAACAGUUUUUUGAUCCUUCAAGUAGUCUUUCAGUUAUUGCUGUUUUAAAUGUGAAAAUAACCAAAAUUUGGACCAAAAAUUCACAAUAAGGACUGGGUACUAGGUCAAAAACGUGUUUUUGACAGCGUAUAACUGGAAAACAAUUUGAGCUAUAAAAAACUGUUUAAAUGUCUUGUAUGUAGAUUUGUGUAAGCUUUCUGAUGAUGCAAGUCAUUUUUGUUGUAAUUGAAUACAAAAUUUCACAUUUUCUUGCUGUAAUACAAUUUAAUAGAGGAUAAUCACUGAUCACCCACUUUCUCGGUGUUUGGCAAGUUUUCUGCUUGGGAACUUUUUCUGGUGAUUGAGCAUCUAUGAUACUAUGCAUUGAACCACAGAAAAUCUAUUCCCCAGGGGGUUGCCACGAAGCAAUUUUCGCCAAUGGCCUACUUUAUCGAUUGGGAAGAGGUGAUUACCACUACACAAUUGCCGAAAUGGUGGGACUGGGUGUUUCUACUGUUUGUUCAAUUGUUCAAGAUGUCUGUCAAGCCCUUGCAGAACAAUUUUCUAAGCACUUUUUCACACAACGGCCCACAGCCUAAAGGCAUAGACCAAGCCUUAGCAUGGGUACAAUCGGGUCUUCAGCUCUUGUUUUUCUUUCCAGUUGGUGUUUAAUACGGUUUAAAAUAUAGAGAAACGUCAUACGAAAUACCUUGAAGUUUUUUUUAAAUCUAGCAUCAGAUUUCCCCCACCAACCAGUAUUUUGCCCCAAUCAACAACAGGUAUGAGGGCCUCUUUAGCCUGUGAACAGGCAUUUAUUCAGAUGGGAAUAAUAUAAUAUGAUCAUGGACGUAAUAAGAAACGCCUGCCUGCAUGCCUUAUAAUUUUGUAAAACGCCCCUUUGAGACACACCCACCUGUCAAAAACUCAAAGCUGCCUAGAUUUCUUUUCAUUCUUAUUGUAAGAUGUCCAAAUAUAUUCAUGAGUCAUUUCGUUUAUUAGAAUAAAUCACAAUGAAUGUAAUGGGAAAGAUUUCUGUAUCGAAAUUAGAACAUUUUAAUGUUAAAACAUUUCAAUUAGAACAUUAAUUAAAAUGCGUCCAGUCGCUGUCAAAAUAUAAAAUAUUACCAUCUACAUACUAAUCAAUUUGGCUUCACAUAUAUUUCUAAUACAGCUUGUUUUGUGCUGAUCACCACAUGGAGAAGCAUUCGUGCAAAGAGUUUAUACCCAAGUUUUCGUUGUUCAUCAUCUAUGGCUCAGAGACCUAUUCGGCCUCCUGUUCCUGUGGUGCAACCAGAAGGUGGAGCCUGUGUGGCGUGGAGCCUGUGUGGCGUAGAGCCUGUGUGGCGUAGAGCCUGUGUGUGGCGUAGAGCCUGUGUGUGGCGUAGAGCCUGUGUGUGGCGUAGAGCCUGUGUGUGGCGUAGAGCCUGUGUGUGGCGUAGAGCCUGUGUGUGGCGUCAUAGUUAAUGGAGCGAGAUGGUUUGGAAGCUUCCCCUAUUUUGCGAUGACGUAAUUAUUAUGUUAACCGAUUAAAUUCUAAGGUCAUGUGACGACGAAUGACUACAAUCGAAAAAGCGCCAAAAUAUGAUAAUAUAAUAUCGUAGUAAUUUUGAUACACGAAUGCCCAAUUGCGCUUUUUACAAUUGUUUUCACAGUAGGCGGUACAAAAACGUGAGUUUGUUUCAAAUUCCAGUUCCUCGUAAUUCAGACAGCGAAUUUACUUUUCAUCGUAAGGAAGAAGCACGAAACGGUUGGAUUAACGCGAUAUUACGAACGAGACAGUUGGAUGCGAACUUGAAGACACAGAUCGAAAACAACAACAUACAUAUUUGUGAGAGUCAUUUUAAAGAGGAGUACAUUGAAAACUUUUCCAAAAGGAAGUCCCUCCAAACUGGUUCAAUUCCAACAGAAAAUCUCCCCGUCAAAAGCUUCGAUCAUCUUAGCACAAGCUUCACUAGUGCGCCGAGAAAAGAACCAGCUCCAAGGCAUGUUUCUCAAGAAACUACAAUUAUAUAUGCCUCUCUUGAUAAGUUCGAUGCAUAUUUGAAAAAAGCUGGAAGGUACCCAUAUUUUCAAGGUUGGAAUUGGUUCAAAGAAGGAAAUAACACUGUUAUUGAGUUUAAAGAAAGUGAGUACUUGAUUGCAAAGUUUUCUGUACGUGUCGAAUCUACUCUUAAUUAUACUGUUCUUGUUUAUGGCUGGGCAUUGCCCAAUGAUCAUCCCAUAUACGUUUCAAACGAGCGUUCUUUGCAGUGCUGUAAUUUUAAGACGCUUUGUAACGAAAUUGUAUCUCUGGGUAUUUGCAAAGGAACUCUAUUUUCCCUGAAGUCAAGCAAAUCAGUGAAAACACAACUUGUUCCCCUGUUACCAAAUGACUCUUCUCCACAAUAUCGUACAGUUGAAUACUGUUGUGCGCUUUCAUGUCGUGUUCUGGUUUCAUCCAUACUAAGUGACAGUAAACAAUUGCAAUGCGAAUCGUGCAGUCGAGAAUCAAACAGCAAUGUAGGUAACUUCAAUGUGGCUUCUGUUAAGUGUAAAACACCACUGUCAUGCCUUUCCAAAGAACAACUAAUUGCAACUGUAAAAGACACAAGGGUGAAUUUGAAAGAAGCCAAGCUGAAGUGUGCACAACUCGAAAGGAGAGUACAACGAAUGGAGAAUGAGAUCAAACAUCAUGGUAUUAGAAUAGAAACUGGUUUGGAGAAAGAACUUACAAGUAUCAUCACUAACACAUCAUUAGAAGCAACUCCACACAUGAAACUUGUAUGGGAACAACAGAAGAAAGCACUGAAUCAACAAUCAAACUUUGGUAACAGGUGGCAUCCACAUUUUAUACGGUUCUGUUUGUCUAUUUAUUCAAAGUCGCCUAUUGUUUACCAAGAAUUGAGAGAUUCUGGAACAAUGCAGUUACCUAGUUCCAGAACUUUGAGAUCCUACAGAAACAACUUUAAACCAGGAGCAGGGUACUUGCCUGAGAACAUCAAGUCAUUGAUUUCCAGAACAAAGGGUUUCCUGGAUAAAGACAGGUGGAUUGUUGUCAUGUUUGAUGAGAUGAAGAUUAAAUGUAAUUUAGUGUUUGAUAAACAUUCUGGACGCCUGAUUGGAUUUGUGGAUCUCGGUGAUCCAGAUAUCAACUAUUCAACAUUUGAUAAAAUUGAACCAGCUACCCAUGUACUUGCUUUCUAUGUCAGGGGAAUAACCACUAAAUUGCAGUUUAUGCUUGGUUACUUUUUCACCCGAGAUGUGGUCUCCUAUCAAUUAAUGCCACUUUUUUGGCGUGGUGUUGCUAUAUUACAACUUAAAGCAAACUUGAAUGUUAUUGCUGCAGUCAGUGAUGGGGCUUCACCAAACCGCAAAUUUUAUCAACUCCACAUUUAUAUUGGUGAAAAACUUAACAACCAGAAAGUUGUGUAUAAAACAAAAAACCUCUUUGCCCCAGGAAAGUGGAUUUGGUUUUUUGCUGAUGCUCCACAUCUAUUAAAAACGGCUAGAAACUGCUUGCUUAAUUCUGGUUCUGGUUUGAAAUCAAGGUGCAUGUGGAACAAUGAUCAAUUUUUAUUGUGGAACUAUAUAUCAGAUUUAUAUUAUUCUGAUCUGGAACUGGGGCUACACCAACUUCCUAAGCUAACAAUUGAACAUAUCAUGUUAACAUCUUAUUCAAAGAUGAGAGUAAAUCUUGCUGCCCAGGUGAUUUCUAGAUUUGUUUAUAUUUUUAAAAUAGUAUAGAUUUAAAUCAUACCAGGAAAGAAAGUGCCUUGGCUUCUUAAUAAUUCGUUUUCAAACUAAUACGUCUCCUGUCCUCAUGAACAUCUUGUCUAUAUUUUCAAGGGCAAGUCACAAAUGGGUCGAAAACAACAAUCCAUUUUAGAAAUAACAGAUAUAUUUCUUCUCCAGUUUGUUCUCAUGUUGUCAAAACAAGCAACUUUAGGUGCUAACGUGAUUGGACAAUCUUUGUUUCAAAACCGGAAGUGAUCUAUUAAAAUUGUUAAUCCAAAUUCCAAAGUGAAAUAUGAGCAUGAAAUUGACAAUGUUUAUAUUUCUAAACAACAAAUGUUAAUCCAUACAGUUUUAUAUAUCAUAUUAAAGCAUGUGGCUCAAGCAAUAGUUUGUGAUGACAUUGCUUGCCAAGAAAUAUAAUUAUAUAAAGUUGUAUAAAUCAGGAUUGUAACUAAAUGUUAGUAAACGUUACUAAACGUUAGUAAAUAUGCAGUGUAUUUUUUAAGGAAUUCCUAUGAGUCCAAUGAAAACCACUGCACUCACUGAAUCAUCAAAUUUGAUAUGUUGAUCAUUACAGUAUUACUGUACUUUGUUUCUAAUUGCUUUGUUUUAUUUUUCCAUAACACAGAUCCUUAGCAAUAGGAUGGCCCAAGCCCUUAUCCGUAGCUAUCCAGAAGGAGAAGCAAAUGAAACAGCAAGAUUUUGUGAAUUAAUGAAUGACUUUUUCGACUGUUUAAAUGUUCGUGCAUACAAUGAGGCUACCUGUAAACGGAAUGUACUCCUGGGACCAUAUAGAUCACAGGAUGAUAAAAGGUUUGAAUGGUUAGUAAACACUUUCCUCGAGUACUUUCAUGACUGGAAAAAAGCUGUCGAGACUCGUCCUGGAAAUUUCCUACCAACAGCUCAAGCUAAGAUGUUCAUUUUGCAACAAACUUAUGAAGGCCUUCAAAUCACUGUGCAUUCAACUGUCGAGACUGUCAAGUUCCUCCUUUCCCAAGGUGUUGAUAACGUUUUGACAGAACGCUUCCAGCAAGACCCGUUGGAAGAAUAUUUCGGAAAUCAGAGGCAAAGGGGCAGAAGGUCGGAUAAUCCCGAUGCAUCACAGUUUGCAUAUAAUGAUCGAGCCCUUGAUGUCCAACGCAACAUUGUGCCUAUCAAAGCUGGUAACACUGGUAAACGCAGUGCAGAAAAAUCCAGGUGGAACGACAUCAUUGAGGAGCCUCUGAACAAAGCCAAAAAAACAAAAAAGAAAUAACAAUUGUGUGUUUAUUCUUGGACUCCACUUAUUUCAAUUUAAUUGCACACAGUUUUAAAACCUAGUUAUAAAUAAGGUAGUUUUAUGGUCGACAAAACUUUACCAAAUAGAAGGAUAAACAUUGUUUACACAAUUUGAUAUAUUUUGCCUGCCAAGAUGCUUGGACAUGAAAGCUUUAACACACACAAGUUGUUCUAUUAGAUGUUUGCAUAAUUAGACUAUACAAAAUAAGUUGCUGGUGCAUUUCAGGCCUGCAGGCAAAUUGUCUCAAACCAUGUAAACAAAGUUUACCCGUCUAUAAUCCAGAACGUAUCUGGCACAUCCCUAGUUAUAACUAUUCAGGAUUGACCUCUGAUUUCUGUUGUAGAGUUUUCCUUAAGGCCUUCUUGCUAUUUGAACUGUUUUGUUUUCUAUAUUUAUUAAUUAAAUCUCUCGAAAAGGAGAAUGCUCGAAUUUUUAAAUAUAAAAAGGUUAUGUUCUCAAGGCAAACUUUCGAACAAUCGUGAGAUAUCAAGUAAGGGCAUUCUUGUAUGAUGUUGCUCCAAAGGCUCUUCACUUUUGGAUUUUCUAGUAUAUUAGUCCGUAAUUCUGAAAUUGGAAUAGGUUUUGUAACAUCAUGAGCAACAGUUUUAUAUCGAAAUGUUUUCUCUAUUUCAAACCCAAUAGCAAUUAAAUCGUCACAUGGAGUCCACAGUCCUCCUCUUGAAAGUGAUAAAAUAUAUUCAUUGUCAGGUCGUUUCAUUGAUUGCAGCAGAUCCUGAAGUUCUUCUUUAUUUGUUAAUGUACUUUCUAACAUGGAUUUCUUUCUAAAUUUGCUUGUCCUGAACAUUUUGGAAAUGACUGAUCCAAUCAAGUAAGAAAGGGGACCAUGUUCCCUUUCAUUCACUUCAGGUAUAUCUUUAGUUUGUUCACUAGUUUGGCUCUUGCAAGUUGCCAAAACGAGUAACUCGGGUAAAUGGAUAAACAACAGAUUCACAGCGAUUCUAAUUUGCUCGACUGACCACCGUUUAUCAGUUGGUUGGUUGUCGACAAGUUUCUCAGGUUCUUUCGACAAGAGUUUGUAUAGUUCACUUACCAAAGUAUCUUGAUUCGAUUUCUUGAUGAAACGUCGAUGAAGUUUAUCGAGAACGUCAACACAAAACGAAGAUGGCUUUAGAUUCUUACAAAUAAUAACGAUUUCCUCCCCAUAUAAAUUAUCCUUGAUUUUAGAGUUAGCUUUUUUAAACAAAUCCUCUACAAUCGCUUUUGAAAUGGUUGGCUUGGUUGCAGUGCUAGCGCUGUUGUCAUCUUUGCCAUCAUUUGUCUCAAGGAGCGUAUGCUUUGAUCGUAUAUGACGAGUGAGACCGCCUUUUGAUUUGCAUAUUUUCGUACAAUUCGGACACGGAUGUUUUGGUGGUAUUUCAAUCUCCUGAACGGCAUCUUCAACCUCUUUCUCGAAGUCCUUGUCCUCAUUAAAAUAGUCCAAGUGUUCGUUUAUCACAUCAACUAACACAUCAAGCUCUGCCUUUUUAUUUUCUGCCGCUAAAGCUUCCCCACUUUCAAACAUUUCUCCCAUGGUUUGCAUUCCUUCUUCGCUAAUAGUCGCCAUAUUGGUCACAACGCCGUAGUCGUUCGUGGUCAUGUGACCACAAAAUUGAAUAACAUAACAUAAUACCGGAAGUAAACGAGCUUCCAAACCAUCUUGCUCCAUUAACUAUGGUGUGUUCAAAUUUAUUUCAACCUAUCUCAACGAGGAGAAAACACCAUUUUAAAUACGUCCGCGCUUUGACAAAAAAGAAAAUAUGUCGUCAAAAUCGAGUUCAAAAUGCAUGUCUUUUCCUCAACAAUCGCUUUGUUCAUUUUGCAUGUGAAAUAGAUACCAAUUCUAGCAAUGUAAGCUGAUACUAGAUACUUCAAUAAAGAUUUAUAGUAUAUAUUUGAGGCAGGAAGUGAUUUCGUUUAAUUGAUAAUUGAAAAUUUGUGUUGUUUAAAUAUCGUAUCAUCUGCAUAAAUAAGUAUAGUAGUCGCGAAUCUAUUGUCGUGUGGAGUAUACGGAAAACUAUAAAGGCUGCAAGAUAUCUCCGUUUUAUGAAAAAGCCCAAAAAAGUCCCGUUCAAUUUUAGUUGAGACAUAAAGCCAAGUUAAAUGUCUAUAGUUUGGUGUGUUCAAAUUUAUCUCAACCUAUCUCAACGAGGAGAAAACACUAUUUUAAAUACGUCCGCGCUUUGUCAAAAAAGAAAAAAUGUCGUCAAAAUCGAGUUCAAAAUGCAUGUCUUUUCCUCAACAAUCGCUUCGUUCAUUUUGCAAGUGAAAUAGAUACCAAUUCUAGCAAUAUAAGCUGAUACUAGAUACUUCAAUAAACAUUUAUAUGUAGUAUGUAUUUGAGGCAGGAAGUGUUUCGUUUAAUUGAUAAUUGAAAAUUUGUGUUGUUUAAAUAUCGUAUUAUCUGCAUAAAUAAGUAUUGUAGUCGCAAAUCUAUUGUUGUGUGGAGUAUACGGAAAACUAUAAAGGCUGCAAGAUAUCUCCGUUUUAUGAAAAAAGCCCAAAAAAGCCCCGUUCAAUUUUACUUGAGACAUAAAGCCAAGUUAAAUGUCUAUAGUUUGGUGUGUUCAAAUUUACCUCAACCUAUCUCAACGAGGAGAAAACACUAUUUUAAAUACGUCCGCGCUUUAAAUUUUGCAAAUAUUUUCAUCGCUCGAGUAAAAUUUUUGCCGUGAUAUUUUCUUUCAACGAGUGUUCAGUAACAAACAACACAAGCUAUUACAUGUGAUAUAACUUAUUAAAUAAUAUUUCAAAUUUUAAUUAAUGAAACAUAAUUACUUAGCAUUUAAAUCCUUUGUUUUCUCGUUUGUUUGUUUACAUAUUUUUGUUGCCAUCUUGUACGCGAUUUUCUGAUUUUUUUAGAGAAAGCGCGCUCGCGCCAAUCCUAAUGUGCAUCACACGUAGCACGGUCAUUUAUUAGCGCGUUUCACCGCCCGUGUUUUAUAGCGCCCUGGUGAAAUUGACAAAAUCCCGUCGCAGAAUCGUCGACUACGCGUUGGAAUCACAGGAGGCCCAGGCUCGAUAUGCCCGCGCCCGCCUUGCCUUCCUUAUAACGAGGGAAGGAAGGAAACAUUGAGACCAAAAUAGCCCAGACUGGCAUAUGUCACACGAAACUAUCUUCGAUUUUUCGCCUUUAAUGCAUUUCUUUCACAAUUAAUCGAUAUCCCCUGCAAGAAUGAUACCGUAUAACUCUCAAAACAACGAUGCUUUAAUCAAAGAGCUUAAAUUCGCUCUGAAAUCCGUGAGGGAAUAACAAAAUUCGCCCAAAAUAUAUCCGCGUGCCGGGUUUGCUGGACAAAAAGCGGAAGUCGUUGAACAACUCAAAAUACACUCAACCCUGAUUGGACAACGAAAAUCAACAAACAUUUCAAAUUUCUGUAGUCAGUAAUGCAAUAUAAAUUUGAAUCAAAACAAUUAACAAAUGUUGUCCGCGGGGUGAAACCAGUGCAAAUCUAAAUAUUUGUUUAGUCAGUAUAAUAACGUUUGUGAAUUGUUUCGAUUCAAAUAAUCAAAUUAUUACAGUACUGUUCCAAGUACUGUCCCCCUUCCCAGUGCCAGUGGAGAGAAAUUUGAAAUGUUUGUUGAUUUUCGUUGUCCAAUCAGGGUUGAGUGUAUUUUGAGUUGUUCAACGACUUCCGCUUUUUAUCCAGCAAACCCGGCACGCGGAUAUAUUUUGGGCGAAUUUUGUUAUUCCCUCACGGAUUUCAGAGCGAAUUUAAGCUCUUUGAUUAAAGCAUCGUUGUUUUGAGAGUUAUACGGUAUCAUUCUUGCAGGGGAUAUCGAUUAAUCGUGAAAGAAAUGCAUUAAAGGCGAAAAAUCGAUAGUUUCGUGUGACAUAUGCCAGUCUGGGCUAUUUUGGUCUCAAUGUUUCCUUCCUUCCCUCGUUAUAAGGAAGGCUCAGGCGGGCGCGGGCAAAUCGAGCCUGGGCCUCCUGUGUUGGAAUUACACAAGUUACCAAGCCGCGCUAGUUACCAAGCCUUUCUAGCGCGUCUUCUCUAGACGCGUCGUGAAUUUUAAAUGGCGAAAUCUUUACAUAAUGAAAUUUAAUCACCUUACCUGUACAGGCAAAACCAUCUCCA